AUACCAAACUUCUACCAAUUAAGAAAGUAGAAAGAAUUAAGAAGAUUAGACUGGGCCUUUGGUCUUUUGGUCCGAGUCAGAAAAUCAUACAAUUGCAAGAACAAUAUUUACUCAGUCAACAAACAACAACAGCAAAAAUCAAGAACCCCAAAAUUGAUUCACCAAAUUCCAUCUUCCUCUGUAAGUAUAGAGAAAGAAAGAGCAAUUCUGUUUCAAUUUUUCCAUUAAAAAUUUGAACUUUGUUUUGGGGUAAAGUGAAGAGAGCGUGUGGGAAUAUACUUUAUUUGUAAACCCCAUUUUGGUAGUGGAAGAAGAAAGUUAAAAAAGGUGGGGUUUCUUUGAUAUAAUUUAUCUUUGCACAUCUGGGUUUUAAGUUUUAAGUCAAAAAGGUUCAAACUUUACACAUGGGUUUGAUUCAGGUAUUGGUUGAUUCUUGAUCUGAAUUGGAAUUUCUUUGAGGUUGAAAAAAAGGGGGUUGUUUUAAUGCAUCAUUUUUGUUGAAUUCUGAGUUUGUGGCAUGUGGGUUUUAGCUUAGGAGGAAAUCUUGAUUUUAGUUUGAUGACUUUAUUAAGUUUUACUUCUUCUUACUGUUGAAUAUAUAGAUAUAUAUUUAGUUGUUUGUAUAAAGUGGGUGGUUAAAGAGAAAUAUGAUCAAGCAGAUAUUUGGUAAGAAGAAGCAGUCGAAAACGGCUGGUUCAACUAGUUCAAAGAAAAGUGAUGGAGGAAGUAAAAAGGUUGGGGUAUCAGCUAAUACUGUUAUUUCAGCUCCUUAUUCCGUUUCAGCUUCAACGGGGGAUAAAUUUGUUCGAGAUGGGAGUUUAAAGGUUAAUGGGAAUCUCGUUGCAGCUUCUUACGAUGCAUUGCCUAGUUUUAGGGAUGUUCCCAAUGCUGAGAAACACAACUUGUUUAUUAGGAAGCUUAAUAUGUGUUGUGUUUUGUUUGAUUUUACUGAUCCUACAAAGAACCUUAAAGAAAAGGAGAUCAAGCGACAGACGUUAUUGGAGCUUGUGGAGUAUGUCACGUCUGCAAAUGUGAAAUUUACAGAAGUGGUGAUGCAAGCAGUAGUAAAGAUGGUGUCGACUAAUUUGUUUAGGGAACUCAUGCCCCAGCCUCGAGAAAACAAGACGUUGGCCUUUGAUGUGGAAGAGGAUGAACCUGCGAUGGAUCCUUCAUGGCCACAUCUGCAAAUUGUGUAUGAGUUCCUUCUGAGGUUUGUUGCUUCACCUGAAACUGAUGCAAAAGUUGCCAAAAGAUAUAUAGAUCAUUCCUUUGUACUCAGAUUGCUUGAUCUUUUUGACUCUGAGGAUCCUAGGGAGAGGGAGUACUUGAAAAUAAUACUGCACCGUGUCUAUGGGAAGUUUAUGGUACACCGGCCUUACAUCAGGAAGGCUAUUAAUAAUAUAUUUUAUCGUUUCGUUUUUGAGACUGAAAAACAUAAUGGGAUUGCGGAGCUUCUGGAAAUUCUUGGCAGCAUAAUCAAUGGGUUUGCUUUGCCACUAAAAGAAGAACACAAGCUUUUUCUUGUACGGACAUUGAUUCCCUUGCAUAAACCCAAAUGCUUAGCCAUGUACCAUCAACAAUUAACUUAUUGUAUGACACAGUUUGUGGAGAAAGACUGCAAGCUUGCUGAUACAGUUAUUAGGGGAUUGUUAAAGUAUUGGCCAGUAACAAAUAGCUCAAAAGAGGUCAUGUUCCUUGGUGAGUUGGAGGAAAUCUUGGAAGCUACUCAACCACCAGAUUUCCAAAGGUGUAUGGUGCUGUUGUUUCGUCGAAUUACUCAAUGUUUGACUAGCUUUCAUUUUCAGGUGGCGGAGAGGGCUUUAUUCUUGUGGAAUAACGAUCAUAUUGAGAAUUUGAUAAAGCAACACCGAAAAGUGAUACUUCCUAUCAUCUUUCCUGCACUGGAGAGAAAUGCCAGAAACCAUUGGAAUCAGGCUGUUCACAGUUUGUCACUGAAUAUCCGGAAGAUAUUCUAUGAUCUUGAUCCUGAGCUAUUCAAGGAGUGCUUGCACAAGUUUCAAGAAGAUGAAUUGAAGGAAGAUGAGAUUAAAUCAAAACGUGAAGCUACAUGGAAACGAUUAGAAGAACUUGCUGCCAAAAAUACUACAAGUAAUGAAGCUGUGCUUGUGCCAUCCUCCGGGCAUUCUCGAACUUAAUAUUAAGAUAUGCUUGUUCUUCCUUGUUUUUAAUUUUCAUAAUUCUGGUUAAAUUUACAUUUUGGAAGCAAUGAAUUUAUCAAGGGGAAAAGGGAUUUUCUGUGUCAUUGCCUUUUUUUCCCUGGUCAGUUUCAUCCUGAUAGCUGUAGUUGUAACUAUAAUUUGUUUAUAUGUGUUAACUUUGGCAAUUUGGAAAUGAUAUGGGAGCAAGUAUUUUUAUCAAAA